GCACACGCGGCUCUUAACCCGGAAGUGAGCCGUUGGCUGGUCAGCGCCGUCGGUUGGAGGCAGCCCGAGGCGGCGGCGCGGAGGAAGGGAAGGGCUCGCUUUCGUUCCCCGCCCGGCCCGCCCGCCCCGGGCCGGCAUGUGAGCCUCUGCCUGGGGAGGCCCGUCCAGGCUGGAGUCCCCCCCAGCGCCUACCAUGGAGCCCACCGCCUCGGGCGUCUUCUGCAACCGGGUCCUCAGCAUGGUGAACUCUGAAGACAUCAACGCCAUCAUCUUGGCUCAGAAGAACAUGCUGGACCGCUUUGAGAAAACCAACGAGAUGCUGCUGAACUUCAACAACCUCUCCGGCGCCCGCAUGCAGCAGAUGAACGAGCGCUUCCUCCAUCACACCCGGACGUUAGUGGAGAUGAAGAAAGACCUGGACAGCAUCUUCCGGAGAAUCAGGACAUUGAAAGGGAAGCUAGCUAAGCAGUAUCCUGAUGCAUUUAACAAUAUUCACGAAUCUCCCAUUCUGGAAGAUGAUGACUUCAGCCUGAUCCCCCAGAGCACGGCCACCACCAUCCCUACCUCGGAGCAGAGCACCGAGUCCUGUGACACCAGUCCGGACGUCAUCUCUCCCGCCACCAGCCACGACUUCGAAGACCUCUCUCAGGGUCCCUACGACUCUCCGACGGUGAACGGGCAGAGCGUCACGGACGAGGACAAUGAGACAGACUAGCUUGCCCCAGAUCCUUUUGGGGCAGGGGCCCAGGAGGGCCUCUCUGCCCUGCUCUUGGACAUGCGUGUGAGAGAUCUUCUCAUUCAGAACAAAACCUGUAUCCUCUCAAUGUCUUGGCCAGCUGCAUCGGGGCCUGGGGAAAGAGCACAGAUGCGGCGGCUUUUGCAUGACCCACCUUUUUUCCUCGCGGUGCUGAGCUCUGAUUUAUACCAAAUAAGCAAAACCUGGGGCUGGCAUUUUGUCAUAGGAGAACCGCAGUGGUGAGAAAGGAAGAGGGAACUCCCCCCACCUCUCUCUGUAGUUAAGAGGACAGAAUUUGGCUGUCUUCCUUUGAAGGAAGAGUGUGUCGAGUUUUUCCAAGAGAAUAAUCCCCAGGCUCGGGGUGCCUCUUUUAAGGGCUGCCUGUAAACUGGAGACCAGCGGGGAAUAUAGAGUGGAGAUGUGUGAAUUAACAGGGAAAAUUCCCAGGUGUGGGUACAGCCAAGGCAAAUUAUGUAGCCAGUCAUACAUGUUAAUGCCCCUGCAGUUAAGAGUUGGUGUCUCAUUCAUUUUAUCCAGGCCGCCUCCGGAUGCAUGAAAUUGAGCUCUUCAAAAGUGUGUGUGUUUUUUGGCUGUUGGGGUUUUUUUUUUGGCUCUGGCCCCUCGUUCCAGUGGGCUCAUUUCCCUUGAGAAUGUGCUUAGGGGAUCAAAACCUCCCAGUGAGGACAAAUAGAAACUUAAAUCUGGCCAGGAAUCCCCAUCUGUUCUCCUGCCGCUGGGCCCGGUUCAACAGAGCCUGUCUUCCGCUUGGCCCCUCAUCUCAAGCGAGGAAGGGGAAGCUGUCCAGUGGCUUGUGCCAUUUCCCAAAGAAUGACUCCCCAUUCUGGCCACGAGGUCUCUCGCCCUCCCCAAAGCUGUUCUUUCAAGAAUCAGAGCUGCCUGUAUUUCCCACUGCCUGCUCGAAACUAUACGUCUCCCUGGGCAAAUCCUCCCUUCAUCUAACAAUGCACCUUACAGCGAUCACAUGAGGGAUAUAUGCUUGGGCUGUCUCCUGAAGCUGCACAUACCUGUUCUAUGUCACGUUUGAAAAUAUAAUCUUAUUCCCCCCUCUCGGUUCCAUUUCAGCCCCUUUAAGACCACCUUGAGUUACUGUAGUGCCAUGGCGCGCCCGUUUUUUGUUCUUUAGUUUUUUAGCCACCGCUGGUUAUACUUCACGGUCUUUUCUGUCAGAUGUUGUUGUACAGCUAGGUUCGUUCCAUGCUAAACUUGGGGCAGCCUGUCCUCCUUCCUCCAGUGUCCUCCUGAAAUGCAUUCUAAUUCAAUAAAAAGAAUAAUAUUUUUGUACUGCAACACGUUUACAGAGAUGCAUAAGGAGGUGAGAACCAAUAAAAGGUAUAAGUUAAUUGAUA